CUUCUUACUAUCUCUUUCCCCUCUUUUCUCUCUCUCUCUCUCUCUCUCUCUCUCUUCUUGUACCUUCACCCUUUCUAACUUACUGCAUGUGCUUGGUUGCAUAUAUUCUCACUUUUCAUGAGUUAUAAGAGCACACACCACUAAAAUCAAACACCAUUUCCUAGUGAUAGAUAGAUAUGGAGAAAGUUAGCCUCAUUAAAAAUGGGGUGUUGAGAUUGCCACCUGGGUUUAGGUUCCACCCCACAGAUGAAGAGCUCGUGGUACAAUACUUGAAGCGCAAAGUCCACUGCUAUCCCAUUCCCGCCUCCAUCAUCGCCGUAGUCGACGUCUGCAAGGCCGACCCCUGGGAUUUGCCAGGCGAUUCGGAGCAGGAGAGGUAUUUCUUCAGCACAAAAGAAGUAAAGUAUCCCAACGGAAACCGGUCGAACCGGGCCACCGCCUCCGGGUACUGGAAAGCAACCGGUUUGGACAAGCAAAUCGUGAGCACGAGGACUCACCAGGUCGUCGGGAUGAAGAAAACCCUUGUCUUCUACACCGGUAAGCCGCCAAAGGGCUGCCGAACUGAUUGGAUCAUGCAUGAAUACCGCCUCCCGCCGCCACAGGAAAGCUGGGUUCUCUGCCGGAUAUUUUUGAAGAGAAGGGGCAACAACAACACUCCAGCGCCGGUAUUCUAUGAUUUCAUGCCCAAAGAGAAGGCCAACACUAGCUCCGGAUCGAGCGGGAUCACGCAGCUUUCUUCUUCGGAGGUUGAAGAAGAGAGCAGUAGUUGCAAUAGUUUUCCCUCCACUUUUAAAAGGAAUUAAGUGUGCUAUACUAAGCCCCUUUCAUUUUCCCAAUAUUUCUUUAUAAAUCAAAUAACCAUCUUCUUCAUCA